AACAAACGUCACUUUUUUAGUUUUCUCAAGUUUGCUUUGGUUCUCAUUUUAAUUGCGUGGAAAAUAAAAUCACAUUUUUCAUCUAAUUAGAGAUUCUAAAGAAAAUCUGCGCUUAUUGUAAGAGCGGUUACUAGUGUGUUAUGUUACUCAAUAAAACUAGGCUUGUAGGAUUUACUUCAAGCCGUUCCAACAUGAUUGAGAUUGACCAAGGCUCGUCCGACAUCGUGAUCCUGACCGGCAACUCGCACCCCGAGCUCGCGGACUUGGUUGCCAAUCGGCUGGGCGUGCGCAAAGGAGGAUGUUCAGUGUAUCACAAGACUAACCGAGAGUCAGUGGUGGAAAUUGCUGAUUCCAUUCGCGGAAAAAACAUUUAUAUCAUUCAAACUGGGACCAAAGAUGUAAACAACAACAUAAUGGAGCUGCUAAUCAUGGCAUAUGCUUGCAAGACCUCAUCAGCUCGGUCCAUAGUGGGCGUCAUUCCAUACCUGCCAUACAGCAAGCAGUGCAAGAUGAGGAAGCGAGGCUGCAUCGUCACUAAACUGCUUGCUAAAAUGAUGUGCAAGUCGGGCCUGACUCAUAUCAUCACCAUGGACCUUCAUCAGAAAGAGAUACAAGGGUUCUUUGACUGUCCAGUUGACAAUCUGAGGGCUUCUCCAUUCUUACUGCAGUAUAUUCAGGACAGUAUCCCAGACUACCGCAACUCAGUCAUAGUGGCUCGCAACCCGGGCUCGGCCAAGAAGGCGACGUCGUAUGCGGAGCGGCUGCGGCUCGCCAUCGCCGUCAUACACGGCGAGCAGAAGGAGGCCGAGAGCGACGAGGUGGACGGCCGGUACUCACCGCCUUGUCUGCAGGGCGUGGACCGUUCCCGCACGAUGGACGUGUCGGUGGGCGUGCCCGUGCACCCAGCCAAGGAGAAGCCGCCCAUCAACGUGGUGGGCGACGUCGGCGGCCGUAUCGCCAUCAUGGUGGACGACAUGAUAGACGACGUGCAAUCGUUCGUGGCCGCCGCCGAGGUGCUCAAGGAGUGUGGCGCUUACAAGAUAUACGUGCUGGCGACACACGGGCUGCUCUCAUCCGACGCGCCUCGCCUCAUCGAGGACUCGCCCAUAGACGAGGUGGUGGUCACCAACACCGUGCCGCACGAGCUGCAGAAGAUGCAGUGCAACAAGAUCAAGACCAUAGAUAUAUCCGUGCUGCUGAGCGAAGCCAUCCGCCGCAUACACAACAAGGAGUCCAUGUCGUAUCUGUUCAAAAAUGUCACCCUCGAGGAUUAAGGCAUGUCUGUAUGUAUAAGUAUUGUAAUUGAUUAUUCUAUUUUAUCUUGUUAAGGGUUUUGGAGGAUGUUUACCGCUGGAGGAUACUGUAUUUUAAAGCCUGAGUUGAGAGGAAAAUGAAAACUGUUAGUGGUCUUUGCUUAUGCAGCGUGAGUGUUCGAACAACUCGACCACGGCAUAUUGAUAUUUUUCUUUCCUCAGGAUUACUAAAGAAUUAUUUUUGUAGUAUUAUCGUAAAUGAGUAAGAUAUUCCAUCUCCAUUUUCUCGUAAUUCCUAUCUGGGUUUAGAGCAAGUAAAUAUUUUUCUUACUAAUUUCAGUCCAACCCAUAUAAAAAUGUUUUGUCCUUCUAGAAUAUGUGUGCUGUAAAAAGUAUCAUUUUGUAGCAUAUGUAUUCUAUGCUAUUGCCUGCUAUAGCAUGUUAUCUAAUCAUGCAUCAAUAAGAUUUGAUUUAGUAUUAAUUUAAAUCAUGUUUUACAUUUCAAAGCAUUUAAAUGGUAAAGUUAUCAUAGGUAGUGCUAGAAAAUCACACAGGUGUUAUUUAAUUAAUUAUAAUAUUGUUAUUAAGUAAAUUUAGGUGCUGCGUUUAUAAUAUUUUGUCACUGCAACCACAUUUAUUUUGGUUUUCUAUUUUUGGGUCACAAAUUGAAAUAGAAAUAAAACUUCUCACUAUUGUUACUGUGUUAUAGUAAGAUGUAUAAUUAUUAUUAUGUAUACUAUUUAAAUCAAAAUGUGAAAUGUUGUCCAAAGCUUUUGUGAAUAUUAUAUAAUUUGUAUAAUAAUAAAUUUUUCACUGAAAUAUUUGCACCUAUUAAGAUUAUAAGAUUUAAUAUAGUUUAUAGUGCCUAGAAAAGCCAUAAAUUGUAUUAAUUUGUUAGGAUUAUUAUAUUGUGUAAUCGCAAUAAAUGGAUGCGAUUAAA